AUGGGUAACUGCAUGAGUUCAGGAGGAGGAGACGACGAGGGUCAGAAGAAGAAGAGCCAGGCCAUUGAUCGCGGGCUCGAAGAAGACUCGAAGAAGCUACGGCGCGAGUGCAAGAUCCUGCUGCUGGGUUCUGGUGAGAGCGGCAAGUCGACUAUUGUCAAGCAGAUGAAAAUCAUCCAUCAGAACGGCUACAGCGUCGACGAAUUGCGCCUUUACAGGCAUACCAUCUACAAGAAUGUCAUUGACUGCGCCAAAGCCCUGAUCGGUGCUAUGCAACAAUUCGACAUCGCUCCAGAAGUCGCCGAGAACGUUCAACACUGCGAAUUUCUCAUGCAGUUCGCUGUUGACCCCGACCCGAAUGCUCAUCUGGAUGCGAGAUGCGCGACCGCCAUAACAGCAAUCUGGAAAGAUCCGUGUAUACCCAAAGUCCUCGACCACUCGAGCGAGUUCUACAUGAUGGACUCGGCCUCAUACUUCUUUGACGAAGUCCACAGAAUAACACAGGACGACUACUGCCCGACCGAAGCAGAUGUGCUAAGAGCAAGAACAAAGACCACAGGUAUCUACGAAACCCGAUUCCAGAUGGGUCAGCUCAGCAUCCACAUGUUCGAUGUUGGUGGUCAACGAAGUGAGCGCAAGAAGUGGAUCCAUUGUUUCGAAAACGUCACCUCGAUCAUCUUCUGUGUGGCUCUCAGCGAAUACGAUCAAGUGCUUUUAGAGGCAAGCGACCAGAAUCGCAUGAUGGAAAGUUUGGUCCUCUUCGACUCCGUCGUCAACUCGAGAUGGUUUAUGAGAACAUCCAUCAUCCUUUUCCUCAACAAAGUUGAUCUUUUCAGACAAAAGCUGGGCAAGUCACCCCUAUCCAACUACUUCCCCGAUUAUUCGGGUGGAAACGACGUAAACCGCGCUGCAAAGUACCUACUCUGGAGAUUCAACCAGGUCAACAGGGCACAUCUAAAUCUAUACCCUCAUCUUACACAAGCGACCGAUACAUCAAAUAUCCGUCUGGUGUUUGCAGCUGUAAAAGAGACGAUUCUACAGAACGCAUUGAAGGAUUCAGGAAUCCUAUAA